AUGUCAAUGACUUGCCAAACAGCAGCUCGGAGCUGCGUGCGCUCUCUGCGGAUGCAAACACCCCGAACAUGUCUCGCGCAGGUACAGAGGAGGAGAUGGGCGAGCUCGGAAGCUACAGUGUCGAAUCCCAAGAUCUCGGGCAUUGUAGAUCAGAUCAGUCAAUUGACACUCCUGGAGACAGCAGACCUGGUGGCUAGCUUGAAGACUCGAUUAAACAUCCCCGACAUGCCCAUGGGCGGUUUCGGAGGUGGCGGAGCCGCACCCGCUGUUGCAGCCCCAGUCGUCGAAGAAGAAGCUGCUCCUGCGCAACAAGAGAAAACACUGUUCAACCUGAAGCUGGACAGCUUUGAAGCCAGCGCCAAGCCGAAGAUCAUCAAGGAGAUUAAGAGCAUGUUGGGCUUAAGUUUGGUGGACAGUAAGAAGUUUGUGGAGAGUGCGCCGAAAAUGAUGAAGGAGGGUGUGCCAAAGGAAGAGGCGGAGAAGAUCGUAGCUGCGUUGAAGGGCUUGGGUGGUGUGGUUGUCAUGGAGUAG